CAUGAGCACAGUAUACGUCGAAUAAUGAGAGGAAGCAGCUCCCGGCCAUCCUGCAGCUGUCUGCGGCCAGUUGGGUGUCAGAGCAUAAUGAGCGGUACAGUGUGGUCCACACUCGCUGUGAGCGGAGAGGGCCCCUUUCCUCUAAAGUCACCAGCAGGUUUUAAACAGGAAGUGGUCUGGAGAGGAGUUAACAAACAGCACUAUCACGCUGCUGUUCACACUGUACGUGAUGCUGACAAUGAGCGCUGACAAGUGGAUUUUCCCCUUAGCCGUGUGGCUCAUGUUUGUGUCUUCAAGUGAUGAGCAGGACUCUAGAACACUUUGCAACAAUGAUCCAGAGAGUUGUGAGACUAAGACACUCAGCGCUCCUCUUGGCUCGUCUGUGCUUCUCCCAUGUCACUUUGAAAUCAACAACAGCUGGGUGUCAUGGGUCCACAGUCAUGAAAUGGAACUGGUCAAGAUCAAAUCUGAUGGGAAACUUAAUUUCCUUCACCCCAGAAAUGGCCGAGUGAAAGCUUUUCCAAACCAGGGCUCAAAAGGGAACUACUCCAUCAGUAUUGAUGACCUUGAAGACUCUGACCUGGGGUAUUAUUGCUGUGUGCUGGGAAAUAAAUGUUAUAGCGUGGAGUUGGGUGUUGGAACAGAUGCAUCGAGAGAACAAAUGUGGCUACUGAUUUACAUAUGUGUUGGUGUGGCUGCUUUCAUCCUGCUGAGUGUCUGCAGCUACUUGCUCUAUAAUAACAUUAAACAAGACAAUACCAACAGUCCUGUAACUGCAAAUAUUGAGGUUGUUGCAGGUGCUAGUGCUCCACCUAUGGAAAUAAGCAGUGUGCCAGUGCAUGAACAGCAGAGAGGAACAGACAACCAUAAUCUUGUUUACGAAAACGAUGACCAAGACCCAGCGAACCAACAGGGCGACCCCACCAGAAUCCAUUGUGGUCUGCCAGGAGUUUUGCAUGAUCCAAACAGGACUCAACCCACUCCGAGCACCAGUGGGAUUUAUCCAAAUUUGAACCAGUUUAACUUUGAAAGAGCGCAAAGUCAGAGGACAAAACAAAGAUUUCAUAGAGAACUCUUCAACAGAUUACGACAAGCAAGUUUUAGUCGACAUUAUUAUGCUAAUCAAGGUGAAAUCAGCAGGCAACAGGCCAUGUCAGCCCAGGCGGAGAAUCAUGGCAGAGCAGGUUUUGGGAGGAAAAAAGCCAAAGACAAUGGUGAAUACACAAACCCAAUUUACAACAGAAGCACAGACCAGCUCAACCGUCUGUAGAGAAUGAAGAGCUGAAACAGAAGUUGACCUGAGACAUUUCAGUGUCAACAUCCUUUCACAAUGACAGCUUCUGAUUAUUCAUGUUUCCUGUUUGCUAUUGGUUAAAGCUCAUCAAAUAAAGAUCUUAACAUACAAAA